AAAAUAAAGUUCCAACACCAUUUCAUUUUGUUAAACAAAAUAUUAAAAAAACUUAUACAGAAAAUGAAACAAGUCAUUUAAUGGGUCGAUUAACAACAUCUGAUGGAAAAAUGUGGUUGAAAUUUUUACCUAAUACUCGUCAAUUAUCUGGAUCAAGUGUUCGUUCAGAUGAUUUGCCUACAAAAGCAAACUUAUUGGCACCUAAACAAAAAAUAAUAGACAUUGAAAAAUAUAACAAAUCAAAAUCUCCAAUGCAAACAAUACAACCAACAAUUGUUAAAUCACCAAAAUUAAAGAAGAGUACUAAAAAAUUGACAACAUCAAUUGAUUCUAGUAAAAGUGGAACUAAUCUUCCAUCAUCAAUAUCAACAAGAAAUAAAAAGAAAACAGGUCUAUUAUCAACAGUUAAAUCUUUAAUUACACCAUCACGCACACCGGCUCCUAUAACAUCAUCAACACCAAAUAUUGCUGAUUUAGUUCUUAUACGUCAUACAAGUACACCUAAACCUGGUGAAACAGCAUCUCGUAUUACUAUAGGUGGUAAUGAUGAAGCACCACCUCUUUCAGCCAUCUAUGAAGUUUCAACAUCUGAUAUUCGUCCACCUGCUAAUGUAACUUCGCCGACUCCUUCAACUAUUACUGCAACUGAUAUUUCGACAGCUAGUACGCCAAUGAUUGCUAUUGAACGUCGAAGCACAGGACGUGCACCAACUGUACGUGGUCAAGCGGCAACUGCUCGAGAAAAGAUUGCUUCUAUGCAAAUUCGAGAUGAUGACGAUGAUGAAGAACUAUUCAAAAAACUUUUCAGUCGACAAAAAACAAAGAAAUCGAAAAAUACAGCAGUUGUUCCAACGAAAAAAUCUGAUGAUUUAUCUGAUGUUUCAACAAUAUCUUCGGCUACUUCAACUACUGAAUCAAUAUUUACACCACCAACAGCACGUAAACGACCUACAACUGAUCGAAUGGAUGAUGAUGAUUUUGCCGCUGAACAUAGCACACCACCAAAAACGCCACGUACAUCACGUCGUAAUCGAAUUGAUGAUCAAACAUCUACUCAAGCAACACUAAUUGAUAUUAGUGAUAGUCAAGUUAAUCUUGACUCACCUCGACUUCUUCGAAGUGUUAUAAAAAAACUUCAACAACAAGCAUCAGGUAUGUUUUAUAUCAUAUGUCAAAUAUGUAAAACUCGAAAUAAACAUUUUGUUUUAGCCAAAAAGAAAUUAGCAUAUGAACAAGAGACAAUUGUAUCAGAUCAAUCGAAAACACAAAAUACAACAAAAGAUGAAGAAGAUAUGGAUUCUGUCUAUGUUCAUUUAGAACGAUCAUCAAUAGGUCUACAUUAUUCCAUGGAAGAAUCUGAUUGA